AUGUCCAUUCCCUGCGAGCUCAUAUCUGAGAGCCGCUUCCACCGCCGCGUCACUCUCAAUACCGGAUAUGGCGCGCUCAACGUCAGCUUCGCCGACAUGGGCUGCAAAACGGGUCCCGCCCUACUUUUCAUGCCGGGUAUGUUCGCAUCUCGUUAUCCCGGUAUUCUGCUGCAUGUAAUUGCAGAACGAGCAGGUGUACGCCUGCUUGUCGUUGAUCGGCCCGGCAUGGGCGCAUCGACCGAUGUCCCGCUCGGUCAACGCGUCGCCGCUUGGACCGAUAUGCUACCGCGUCUGUUGGCACAUCUCGAAAUUCCACGUGUAAAUCUCGUCGCGCACAGUGCAGGCACUAUUUACUUGCUCAACACAUGGGCACAGUGUCGUGAAUAUGUGAACCCGGACAUUUCUGUAAUAGCUCCCUGGGUGGAUCUGGCACACUCGCGCGUUACAGUGAUGCAGAUAGCGCAGUACCUGCCCACAAAGGCAUUCGCAGUAUGGAAUCUCAUUCCGCGCUUUUUCGUGACUCAAGCGAGCCCCGUGCUCGCGACCAGCGGUGCAGUUUUCCGCCGCAUGUCGCUGCGAAGUGACAGUACCACUCCUGAAACAGCGGAGGACUUGUCUUUCCUCAAUGACAACUGGCGGCGUCUCGAACGCGACUAUGGUGUUCCUCAAUCAGAACAGACGGAACUCUCGCGCCUUGCUAUCCGUUAUAUGCAUACGGAGAAUACAGUCGGUGCUAAUAGCGAAGCUCUCCAGUGUCUACGCAAGAGUGACAGCAACUGGGGCGUCUGCUCAGACUAUGCAGAAUGCGCGCGGACACUAGCAGGCUAUCAAGCAAGUGCGGAUGGCGGAUAUAGCAUUCACGCAUACUUUGCCUCGACGGACUUUAUGGUGGGUAAUCGCGGGAGGAAGUAUUUCGAAACCUGUUGGCAGGCACCUGGCGUGGAGGCUAUUGACUUUGUCUCAAAAGAAGUUGAAGGGUCAGAUCAUGAUACCAUUGCAUUCUCAGUGGAAGUUUGGGAGGAAAUAUUCUCAUUUGUAAAGUAG